AAAUAUGCCUUCUGCGGCAAAUUCGACAUCGUCACUGCUUGCACCGACAAGCUAACAAAAAUUCAUUGACAGUCAUUCAAUUCUCGGUCUUCGGUCCUUUAUCCUCGUCACGAUUUCUGUUAAAAUGAUGUCUUCGGAUGAACCUGGUACAACCCCUUUCCACUCCGCACAAGCAUCAUUCUCGAAGUUCCAGCGCCAAUAUCAACAAACACUUGACCGAUGGACUCCUCACGUUCUUCAGCGAUGGUUGGCGACUUUCUGUCUACUUGCGCUCUUCAUGCUUAGGAUUGUGCUGUCCCAGGGGCCCAAGUUCGACCCUUCACUUGAGGAUGAUCUUCUUGCGGAUGAGAUUGAAGAGGGCGGCGAUCAAAGUGUGCCUGUGCUUCCCUCUCAGCGAGAUGACGAGUUUAGACCUUUUGUGAGAAGACUUCCCGAAUGGCAAUUUUGGCUAAGUGCAACAAGGGCCACUGUUGUAUCGCUCUUCUGUACCGUGUCAGAGGUCUUUGAUGUACCAGUCUACUGGCCGAUCCUCGUGGUCUACUUUUGCGUUCUCUUCGCAUUGACAAUGCGUCGGCAAAUUCAGCACAUGAUCAAGUACAAGUACAUUCCGUUCGACAUAGGGCGCAAGGCACGUUACGAUUUUGGAUCAUAAUGCACGACUAUGUUUAUUGCUGUACCAUUCCCAUGAUUUUUGAUGUCCGCAAAGUUUUCCGAGGCGGUGUUAGGAUACGGUAUGGACUUAUGGCGCUCAUAAUCUGCUUGUUAUUGCUGGCACUUGUUACUUGGCAGUUUGAAAUAUAUGGCUGGUGAGCUAUCUAGUUGAUAACUUUCGGCUGAAAUCUGUUUUAGAGUAUGAGCGAUG